AUUGGGGAUGGCAAUGCUACAAGAAUCUGGGAUUCUCCUUGGAUCCCGGGCCUACUUAAUUUUCAGCUUACCUGUUGCUUUUUGGAUGACAGGAGCAGAUUGACUUGGGUCAGGGAGCUAUUUAGCUCUAAUGGUCAGGAAUGGGAUGUUGAUUUGAUCAUGCAAACUUUUACGCCUUUUGUUGCUGAGAAAAUUCUUGAUUUGCAAAUAAGUAUGGUAAGGGUAAAGGACAGGCUCAUCUGGCACAAACAUCCUAAAGGUACUUUAACUGUAAAGAGUGUAAAUCAGACCAUCCUUCAGCAUCAAAAUUUCUCACCUGAUAUAGCUGGCCCGAGCUCUGGGCUCUUGCAUCUUAGAGUCAGUGCUUCCAUUUCCAAGGACGGCCAUGGAGUGAUGUUGUGUUCUGGAUUCAAAGGAGUACAAACAAUAAAAUGGCAGAAGACCUUUACCAAAGUGCCUAACAGGAAAGCUGCUAUUUUACUUGCUAUCAGAUGGAGCUUUAUGCAGUUGAUCCAGCAGGGUAACACAAAUUUAUGCUGUACAUUGGACUCUGCAGAACUGGUCCAUAUGCUCAACUCAAGAGGCACUCCCCUCAUA